GCUGGACAUGCACCGCCAGUACGGCCCCAUCGUGGCUGAGAAGCUGCCCGGCCGCUACUCGCUGGUGCAUCUGUUGAGCGCCGACGAUUUUCACGCGCUGUACCAGCACGAGGGCAAGACGCCCUUCCGCAUGGGGGUCACGGCCUUCAAGAAGUACCGCAGCAGCCGGCCCGGGUACUACAAGAACAUCGGAAUCCUGAACAUGACUCCGCCAAGCUUUAAUCGGUCGGCUAUGUCCCGCCCUUGAAAUCAACUCCUCCAGGCUUCGACAUUUUGGUCCGAAGGGCACCAGCGGGCCGCGGGAUCAUCCUUCCACGAUCUGCUCAACGACGAUCCACCCGCCACGGCACGAUCCACCCGCCACGACCAUUAUUGUUGAACAUGUAUAUCUUUACUUUUGAAUGCAAGAAUCAUUAUUUUAU